GAGCCAGUACAGUUCCAGCUCGCAGAACAACAUAAAGAACGCAAACAAUAACAACAUAAAAACACAUAAAAUGCCAAGUGCGCGGGUGAAUCAUCGUUAAGCAACAAUUAAAAUUGAUUAACACAUGAUCUUGCGACGUCAUUAGCAGUGGCAGCAACAACUGGGCAACUGGGUACCCCGCGAAAAGUAUGUCGGCAGAUGCGAUUCCCGCGUCGGAAUGUGCGCACCUGGCGGAAUUCAAGCGAUUUCUGGCCUCUUCGGCGGAAAAGGCAGCCGCGAGCGAGGAGGUUCCCAGCCGAAAUUGUGUAACCCGCACGUCCAGCGACACGUACAAGGUGUCCAGCGAGGAGCGUCAUGCUGAGUUGGUCUCCGCCAUUUGGCAGCAGUUGGCCUCUCGCGGCUGUCCGGAGCACUUCCGAAUGAAGCUGCUGCACCGAUGCACGCAACAGCUGGAGCAGGACCUGUGCUUCGCCAAGGAGUGCGAGGUCACCGUGGAGGGUCCGCCGCAGUACGAUCUCCUCAAGCUGCAGAAGUUCGUGGCCAGUGAGUUGGAGAAGUUCCUCCUGAAACUCACCGAUAAUUCGGCGAUGGAUCGCCUAAAAGACUACGCUGAUGAAAAAGUGUCCGGAAACAACGAGUGCCACCUGUCGAAGGAGCCCCUGUACACAUUUGCUGCUGUGAAGAAUAAACCUCGAAAAAUGGAGGACCGAUGUGUUUGCCUGGAGCGAUUUGGGGAGAUGUACGGAUUGCCGGACAAAAACACUCGUUUCUUUGGCGUCUUUGAUGGUCACUCUGGCUCUUUAUCCGCCACCUAUGUGACCAGCCAACUUCCCCAGCUGUUGGCCGAUCAGCUUAAGGCGCAGCCAGAUCCACCAGACUCCUCCCCAGACUUUUAUCGCAACGCUUUCGAGUCGGCUUUUCUGCUGGCAGACGAGCGUUUCGCCCAGAAGAAAAUAACCAGCGGCACAACCAGUGUGUGCGCCUUGAUCACCAAGGAUCAGCUGUAUAUAGCAUGGGUGGGUGAUUCCAUGGCUCUUCUGGUGGGCAGAAGAACCCAAUUGCAGCUGGUGAAACCACACAAGCCAGAGAAUCCAGACGAGCGCAAGAGAAUAGAAACAGCCGGCGGCACUGUGCUCCAUGCUCAGGGUCAGUGGCGCGUUAAUGGCAUCCUGAACGUGGCCCGUUCCAUUGGCGACUAUAGUUUGGAGGCAGUGAUCGCUGAGCCGGAUUUCGUCGAUGUUCAGUUAAGCGAGGCGCACGACUUUCUUGUACUCGGCACCGAUGGCCUGUGGGAUCACGUCCCAGAAUCCUUUAUCAUCGAAACCGUUUACGAGUCCCUGGCGAAUCCCACAACGAAGCUGGAAGACAUUCCCAAACUACUGAUAGAGGCUGCAAAGGAGCGAGAUUCGCAGGACAACAUAACAGCGGUGGUGGUCUUGCUCAAACCUCGCAAUCAGAUCGAAAACUGCUAGAAGUUAAUGUUCGGAGCAUUGGAAAUCCAAAAAGCAAUUUUUUUCAUUGUUACACGCAUUGGUAUGGGUUAAUUUAUACAAAUUUAAAGCAACUUAAAACUCUUACUGGCGAAAAGUAAUCUUUAUCCCUUUCUGCUCGGGAUAACAUGAAAAUCAUAUCAAGUUUUAUAUAUUCAAAAGAGAAGUGUGCCAAACAGCUUUACAAAAUAAUUAUAACAAAAGCAUUAUUAGAUUGAUGUAGACAGGCAUAGUAUAGGAGUAUAACAAAGUAUUCAAUUUUCCAAGAUAUAAUGAAACGUUAUCAGACGUUUAUAGUGAUACAACGAAUAUUUGGUAUAACUAAAAGAGAGAUCCCGAAUCCUUGCCCAAUUUAAUAUAUCCAAAGAUUACUUUCCGAACCUACAAUUGCAGAUCAACGAAAAUUAACCCAUGCCGGCCGCAUUGUUGUUUCGUUCACUUUAUUGUUGUAAUGUAAAUAGCUUGGAGCGUAUCGUGAUGCUCCUCCCUUAUUUGUCACAUUCUCACGUGCCUACGUGGUCCUGGAAAUGGCACUUCCCACUCCCGGUCCACUUGUUUGGUUGCUCGAAUAAGCUCAAUCAAAAUAUUUUGUGGUUGCUCAGCAGUUGGAGAAAAUUUUAAGAAAUUAAUCCGAGUCUUGGCUUAUGGCAACUGUUGUUAACCCGUAUAUACACAUAUACAAAGUGCACACGUACGCACAAAAACAUUUUUAUAUAUAUUUUAGAUUAGCCUGCAAGCAUAUUUAUACACAUUGAAGUUGUUUUCGGUCGCUUUGUGCUUCCUGCUGUAUGAUAAUAAGCAACGCCAGGUACACAUAUAUUGUAGACCUAGUUAUAUACGUACAUUUUUACACCUGUAACCAUAUUUAAUGAUCCCACACAGAUUAAGUACCUUUUUAUACAAGUCUAAUGAACCUUUCAUGCAUUUUAUCGAACAACCACAACACAUUUUUAACAACGCAAACUGAAUAAGGAGAUUUUUUAUUGGAAUAAUAAAAAUAAUUCACUGAA